CGUCCCUUCUUGUAGAACAACAUCGUCCUAGUUUUAGUAAAGACUUUGGAGAAGACACGUUGAGAAGAUGUUCUCUGCAAGUCUUGUCACUUUAUACUUGUCCUAUUCUUUUGCGUCCGAGAUGUGUGGUUAUGAAAAUCGAAUCGUCGAUAAUUCGAGGUUAAAGGGUUUCUCAUUUGAUUUUAUCAAAGGCGCUAACGUCUUCAAAUGCGCCGCUGAAUGUGUUCAGAGGAACUUUUGCAAGUCUUUUGACUUUGACAGGAAGAGAAAGACAUGUUACCUCAACUACAGGAACGUGAGCGAAGUGUCUGAAUCCCCCGAGUACAACCCUGACUUUCUGCACAGUAAUGUACAGGACUGGCCCAAGAGUGUCACUGGGCUGUGCAAGAAUCACACAUGUUCCAAACAUGAAAAAUGUAUCGUCAUGGUCAACAAGACUACAGAAUGCGUCCCGAUCCAGCUCCGUGACCUUAAACGUAAUGACACAAUGGCCUUCACUGUGAACUCCCCCCUUUCCUGGCCUAAUGCCAGUGCCGAAUGCCAGAAGAAAGGGGGUUCUCUCAUGAUGCCGAAAACAGAGGACAUCAAUGUAUUCUUGGAUGAAAUUCUCACCGAACUAGGUCUCAAUUCUAAGAAAUUUUGGCUUGGAGGAACGGAUGCUGCAGAGUGGAAGACCUGGCGAUGGGUGGAUGGGACUGAAUUCAUAUACAAUGACUGGGCAACUUCUGAGCCAGACGAAAACGUCAUUCAACGGUGCAUGGUAUUGAACAGAUUGGAAUGGUAUAAUUCGAAGUGCUGGUAUGAAAAUAGAAAACAUAUCCUGGAAUAUAUGGAGACAUCGAGAAUUUAGCGUCACAGUAUGACCGUCAGCUACAUUAUUUAAAAAACAACCGCGUACAUAAAGAUGAUGCACUGCAAAUAAUGGGAUGUAUGACCAGCUGCUGGUGAAGCACCACAGAGAGGACCAGAGGGCCUUCAAGAACUUCCUCAGAAUGUCCCCAGAGAUGUACGACGAGCUGGUACAGCGAGUUGGGCCAAGGAUCACCAAACAUCACUCUGUGCCAUAGCGCCUCUGGGACCAUGUACACGGCCUUGAAGUUUGGUUGGAGGGUACCCCACAACACCCAGUCAUUGGCCGUGAGAGAAGUCUGCCAAGCCAUCAUUGAGGAGUACCUUGACGAGGCGAUGACCUGCCCCACAACCCCUGAAGGCUGGUAUGAGAUCUCAGACCAGUUCAUGGAGAAGUGGAACUUCCAACAUACCUGUGGUUCCCUUGAUAGCAAUCAUGUUGCCUGCAAGGCUCCUCAAAAGAGUGGUUCCGUAUACUACAAUAACAAGGAAUUCUACUCCAUCGUGCUCAUGGCAAUGGUAGAUGCGGACUACAAA